GUGCUUGAAGCCAGAAGAAGGCGAGCUUCAAGAGGAGGCGACAACAAGCUCGAAGGACUUACUCUCAGAAUACGUUCUCGGCGCGUGGUCUCAACCUGAAGAAGACAGAGGCGGCGACAAGGUGCGCGGUCUCAACUUGAAGAGGAUGGAGGCGGGAACCAGGCCGGAGCACUUCUCCUCAACCAAUAUCGGGUCCGAGGUGCGUGGUCUCAACUCGAACAGGAAGCUCAAGCUGAAGAAGACAGAGGUGUGGAAGUUCAAGCUGAAGAAGACACAGGCGUGGAAGCUCAAGCUGAAGAAGGGCAAGGACAAGGUGCGUAUCCUCAAGAAGAAAAAGGCCGGGAGCGGGAACGAAGCCGUGCAGGCUCGCCUGCAUGGUGUCCCAGGUGCGUGGUCUCAGUCGAAGAAGGCGGAGGCAGGGACGAGGCCGGCGCAAUAUGGGGUUCCAGGCGCGUGGUCUCAGCCCGAAGAAGGCGGAGGCGGGGAGCUGGGGUGCGAAAGCGGAGGCGGGGACGAGGCCGGAGCGCUUAUCCUCAACCAAUAUGGGGUAGGCGAUCUCGGCCCGAAGAAGGUGAAGGUGGGGUGCUUGAAGCCAGAAGAAGGCGAGCUUCAAGAGGAGGCGACAACAGGCUCGAAGGACUUACUCUCAGAAUACGUUCUCGGAGCGUGGUCUCAACCUGAAGAAGACGGAGGCGGCGACAAGGCCGGAUCGCCUAUCCUCAACUGUCAUGGGUUCCCAGGUUCGUGGUCUGGAGAGAACAGAAGCCGAGACCAGGCCGGAGUGCCUAUCCUCAAUCAAUAUGGGGUCCCAGGUGCGCGGUCUCAACUGGAAGAGGAUGGAGGCGGGAACCAGGCCGGAGCACUUCUCCUCAACCAAUAUCGGGUCCGAGGUGCGUGGUCUCAACUCGAACAGGACGGAGGCGAGGAGAGGCCGGAGUACCUAUCCAAGGACAAGGCUGGGAGGGCCCAUCCUCAACCAACAUGGGGUUCCGAGGUGCGGAAGUUCAAGCUGAAGAAGACACAGGUGUGGAAGUUCAAGCUGAAGAAGACAGAGGCGUGGAAGCUCAAGCUGAAGAAGGGCAAGGACAAGGCGUGGAAGCUCAUGCUGAAGGAGACGGAGGCGUGGAAGCUCAAGCUGAAGAAGGGCAAGAACAAGGCGGAGAAGAUCAAGCUGAAGAAGACAGAGGCAAGGACAAGGCCGGGAGAGUGUAUCCUCAACCAAUAUGGAGGAGGAGGCCGGGAGGGCUUAUCCUCAGCCAAUAUGGGUUUCCGAGGCGUGGACGCUCAAGCGGAAGAAGACAGAGGCAAGGAGGAGGCGUGGACGCUCAAGCGGAAGAAGACAGAGGCAAGGAGGAGGCCGGGCGUGGACGCUCAAGCGGAAGAAGACGGGGGCAAGGACCAGGCGUGGAAGCUCAAGCGGAAGAAGACGGAGGCAAGGACGAGGCGAACACUGAAGGAGACGGAGUCGCCGAAGGCGAGCCAUGGAGAGUGCAAGGAAUAUGCCCGAUACUUGGGCAUCGACCCCGGAUACGAGGGAGAAGAGACACACAACGCGAUGUUGUGCCCGAGCCUCGGUGCAUGGUCUCAACCUGAGAAGAACACGGAGGCGGGGAUCAGGGAAAGCGAAGGCGGGGACAAGGCCGGAGCGCUUAUCCUCAACCAAGGCGAGGACGAGGCCGGAGCGCUUACCCUCAACCAAUAUGGGGUUCCAGGUGUGACGUCUCGCAGCCCGAAGAAACUGGAGGCGGGAACUACGGGGUCCCAGUCCGGAGAAGGCGAAGGCGGGGAAGAGGUGCGUGGUCUCAACCUGAAGAAAGCGGAGGGGACGAGGCCGGAGGGCUUAUCCUCAACCAAUAUGGGGUCCCAACCCGAAGAAGGCGAAGGCGGGGACGAGGCCGGUGUGAAGUCUCAUCCCGGAGAAGGAGGAGGCGGGGACGAGGCCAAAGCGAUUAUCCUCAACAAAUCUGGGGUCCGAGGUGUGAAGUCUCAUCCCGGAGAAGGAGGAGGCGGGGACGAGGCCAAAGCGCUUAUCCUCAACCAAUAUGGGGUCCUAGGUGCGUGUUCAGACAGCCCGAAGAAGGCGGAGGCAGGGUGCGUGGUCUCACAGCCCGAAGAAGGCGGAGGCGGGGACGAGGCCGGCGCGGACGAGGCCGGAGAGCUUGUCCUCAACCAAUAUGGGGUUUCAGGGAAAGCGGAGGACAAGGCCGGGAGGGCUUAUCCUCAAUCAGUAUGGGAUUCCGAAGCGUGGGAGCUCAGUCUGAAGAAAGCCGGAGGGCUUAGCCUCAACCAAGAUGGGAUUUCAGGUGCGUGGUCUGAAGCUGAGAAGACGGCGGAGGCGGGGACGAAGCCGGAGCGCUUAUCCUCAGCCAAUAUGGGGUGGGACGUCUCGCAGCCCGAAGAAACUGGAGGCGGGGACGAGGCGGGAACUACGGGGUCCCAAUCCGGAGAAGGCGAAGGCGGGGAAGAGGUGCGUGGUCUCAACCUGAAGAAUCCGGAGAAGGCGGAGGUGCGUGGUCUCAACCUGAAGAAAGCGGCGAAGGCGGGGACGAGGCCGGAGCGCUUAUCCUCAACAAAUAUGGGGUCCGAGGUGUGUGAUCUCAGCCCGAAGAAGACGGAGGAGGAGGCGGGGACGAGGCCGGAGCGCUUAUCCUCAACAAAUAUGGGGUCCGAGGUGCGUGAUCUCAGCCCGAAGAAGACGGAGGUGUGGAAGCUCGCCGAAGAAGUCACAGGCAAGGACGAGGUGUGGAAGCUCAAGAUGAAGAAGACAGAGGUGUGGAGGGGCUUAUCCUCAACCAAUAUGGGGGCUGAAGAAGACAGAGGCAAGGACGAGGUGUGGAAGCACAAGCUGAAGAAGACAGAGGUGUGGAAGCACAAGCUGAAGAAGACAGAGGCUCGCCGAGACCUGGGCAGUGUCCAACAGGACCCCGCCAUGUUGUCAGAGCAGUCUUCAGGGCGAUACAUCGUCAGCGACGACGUGGAGCUGCCAGAGGAUCGCGUCCAGUACAGCGACGUGAACCUACUUCGACAAGCCCUCCUCGACGCCCGUGAGUUCCUUCGCUCAGGCUAUACGGAAAUCCACUUCCGAGUCUGGAGGCGCGACGAACCGAUGAAGCUUCUCUGCGCACGGAGUGCCAAGCAGCAUGAGGGCACGAUGGAACUCUACCUCACCUACGAGGACGGCGGCGAGGAAGAGGGCCUGCUGCAUCCGGCAGGAACCGGUUGCACUGGACCGUUGUUCGCGUUUGCCAGCAGACGCCAAGACGGCAUUCCAGCUCCUCGACGACGGCUGGGACGUGCUCAUACAAUCUUCUUCUUCAAGAACGAUCUGGUGGAGUGGACGGCGGCUCGCGGCGAGGCAAAAAGGUGCAAGGAGGGCCUGGUGCAUCACAUGCGGCCGCGCUCCUCCAUCAUGUCGCAGUCGGGCAUACAGGCGAAGGCGGGGACGAGGCCGGAGCGCUUAUCCUCAACCAAGAUGGGGUUUCAGGUGCUUGGUCUGAAGCGAGGAAAGACGGCGGAGGACGAGGCGCUUAUCAUCAACCAAGAUGGGGUCUCAGGUGCGUGGUCUCAAGCCGAAGACGGCGGAGGCGGGGACGAGGCCGGAGCGCUUAUCAUCAACCAAGAUGGGGUCUCAGGUGCGUGGUCUCAAGCCGAAGAAGGCGAAGGCGGGGACGAGGCCGGAGCGCUUAUCCUCAACCAAGAUGGGGUGUCAGGCGGGGACGAGGCCGGAGCGCUUAUCAUCAACCAAGAUGGGGUCUCAGGUGCGUGGUCUCAAGCCGAAGAAGGCGAAGGCGGGGACGAGGCCGGUAGGGACGAGGCCGGAGCGCUUAUCCUCAACCAAGAUGGGGUUUCAGGUGCGUGGUCUGAAGCUGAGAAGACGGCGGAGGCGGGGACGAGGCCGGAGGGCGGAGGCGGGGACGAGGCCGGAGCGCUUAUCCUCAACCAAGAUGGUGUCUCAGGUGCGUGGUCUCAAGCCGAAGACGGCGGAGGCGGGGACGAGGCCGGAGCGCUUAUCCUCAACCAAGAUGGGGUGUCAGGUGCAUGGUCUGAAGCUGAGAAGACGGCGAAGGCGGGGACGAGGCCGGAGCGCUUAUCCUCAACCAAGAUGGGGUUUCAGGUGCUUGGCGGGGACGAGGCCGGAGCGCUUGUCCUCAACCAAUAUGGUGUCCCAGGUGCAUGCUCCCAAGCACGAGACUUCAACCUCAAGAAGAACGAGGCUGAAGAAGACGGAGGCGAGGACAAGGGGUUCCGAGGCGUGGGAUCUCAAGCAGAACACGGCGGAGGCGAGGACGAGGCCGGAGCACUUAUCCUCAACCAAGAUGGCGGGGACGAGGCCGGAGCGCUUAUCCUCAACCAAUAUGGGCUCCACGAGGUGCGUGGUCUCCACCCGAAGAAGGCGGAGGCCGAGACGAAGCCGGAGCGCUUAUCCUCAACCAAGAUGGGGUUUCAGGUGCUUGAUCUGAAGCUGAGAAGACGCCGGAGGUACACGGUUUUAAGCGGAGAAGACGGCGGAGGCGGGGACAAGGAAGGCGAAGGCGGGGACGAGGCCGGCACGGACGAGGCCGGAGUGCUUGUCCUCAACCAAUAUGGGGUUUCAGGGAAAGCGGAGGCAGGGACGAGGCUGGAGGGCUCAUCCUCGACCCACAUGGGGUCUUGGGUGCGUGAGAAGGCGAAGGCGGGGACGAGGAUGGAAGCGGGGACUCCACUCGAAGAAGACCUAGGCGGGGACGAGGUGUGCACUUCCAACUUGAAGAAGGCGGAGGCGGGGACGAGGUGCGUGGUCUCCACUCCAAGAGGACCGGAGCAGGGUCUGUGGUCUCCACUCCAAGAGGACCGAGGCGGGGACGAGGUCGGUGUGCACUUCCAACUUGAAGAAGGCGGAGGCGGGGACGAGGCCGGCGGGGACAAGGCCGAAGCGCUUAUCCUCAACCCAUAUGGGGUCCCAGGUGCGUGGUCUCCACUCCAAGAGGACCGGAGCAGGGACGAGGCCGGUCUGUGGUCUCCACUCCAAGAGGACCGAGGCGGGGACAAGGUCCCGCGUGCGUGGUUUCCGCUCCAAAAGAUCGGGGACGAGGCCGGAGCGCUUAUCCUCAACCAAGAUGGGGUUUCAGGUGCACGGUUUUACGCUGAGAAGACGGCGGAGGCGCGGGCGAGGAUCCUCACACAAUACGGGAUCGAAAAGGAUGGAAGUGGAGACAAAGCCGGAACACUUGUCCUCAACCAAUACAAGGUCCCGCGUGCGUGGUUUCCGCUCCAAAAGAUCGGGGACGAGGCCGGCGCGGACGAGGAUCCUCACACAAUACGGGAUCCCAAGUGCGUGGUCUCCACUCGAAAAGACCAGGGCGGGGACGAGGUCCCGGGUGCGUGGUUUCCGCUCCAAAAGAUCGGGGACGAGGCCGGCGCGGACAAGGCCGGAGUGCUUGUCCUCAACCAAUAUGGGGUUUCAGGGAAAGCGGAGGAGGCACAGCCGCCACGCUUACCCGGGGCGAAGCAAAGAGGCACAGCCGCCACGCUUAUCCUCAACCGGCGAAGAGGUGCAGCCGCCACGCUUAUCCUCAACCAGAAUGGGGGUCAGGGGGAAGAGGCUGGAGGGCUCAUCCUCGACCCACAUGGGGACAAAGCCGGGAGGGCGUAUCCUCAACCAAUAUGGGGUUCCGAGGCGUGGGAGCUCAAGCUGAAGAAGACACAGGGUCUCCAAACUGAAGCACCCCUGCAAACUUCCGACCGCCCUUGUUGCUUUUCCACGAUGGUCACCAUCCGCUUCCUGAAAUGGACGCUCACCUACGAGCACAUAUCAGGUGUAUGCCGAAAGAAGGAAGUCUUAUAUUUGUACGCGAUCAUCGGGCGUGUUGUCUUCUCGACGCCCGCACAGCAGACGUCCGAUGUACACGGAGGCUGGGCGCUGAAGCAAGUGGCUGGCUUCGGAGUGCUCGAAGUGGGCUUCAACUGGCCGGACGGCGUCUUCUUCGGUGCGCAUCAGAACGGAUGGGACUACGUGCGAGCAACAAGCGUGUCUGUUGACUGGCACGACAUUCCCUUGACCUCGGGUCUCGAAUAUGGCACCGGCAACAGUGAGAGUGUGGCAGAAACCAGCAAACGGCCGGUACUUACCGGUGCCGGCGCAGUGGAAGUGCUGGCAAAGGCCAGUCAAUGGCCGCUGCGUACCGGUCUAGCAACUGUACGGGUGCAGCAUGAAAUCGAGCCGAGAGUUGCACUUCAUGUCGUCUUCCGCAGCUACCGAGUCCUCACAGCCAAAGUACCGGCGGCAGUUAGCGCACGAACCCGGCAGUACAGAGAUGCCAGCAACAGCAUUCCAGACGACGAGAAGCGAAUCAACCUGGCCUUCGGGAAGACCACGUAUGCGCUCAAGAUUCGCCCUGCGUGGCUGCAGCAGAUACUCACAGGAACGAAAACGAUCGAGCUCCGAAAGAAACCAUGUCCGCCCUACCUCGAGAUGAACACGAUCAGCCUGAUGGAGACAGGGAGUAGGUUUAUUCGCGGCACUGCCGUCAUCAAAGAGUCGCACCAACUCACGGUCCGGGAGAAAGUCCUUUUUGCGGAUAUCCUGCAGGCCGUCUUUGCAAUGAACGUGACUACGCUCGUACACUGUCUAGAAGAAGACUGGGGCACCUCGAUACGGCAGAUGCUGACAGCAGAGGAGCUCCUGCUGCUGCUACAGUUAAAGAGAUCCUUGCCGAUGAGGAACCUUUUCUGGGCACUCCGACUCCAGGCGGACGUGGCUGCGCUGCGGACAAUCAUGGCUUCUCUGCGGAGCACUCAACUGCACUUUCCCGGCUUCCACUUUCCAGCAGUGCUCGUAAUGAAUGCCUGGCCCAAGACCACCAGGGACGUGGGAGCCGCCCUCAGCGAUGUCUUGACCGAAGCACACGCCGAGUUCUUCUACAGGUCAGAUACCGAACUCGUCGACAUCAUCGCGACGACAAAAGACUCGAAGCUUCCAACGAAGACAGGGCGAAGAGGUGCAGCCGCCACGCUUAUCCUCAACCAGAAUGGGGGCCAGGGGGAAGAGGCGCAGCCGCGAAGAGGUGCAGCCGCCACGCUUAUCCUCAACCAGAACGGAGGCCAGGGGGAAGAGGCGCAGCCGCCACGCUUAUCCGGUGCCAGGCGAAGAGGUGCAGCCGCCACGCUUAUCCUCAACCAGAACGGAGGCGUGCAGCCGCCACGCUUAAUUAUCCACAACCAGAACGGGGGCGAAGAGGUGCAGCCGCCACGCUUAAUUAUCCACAACCAGAACGGGGGCCAGGGGGAAGAGGCGCAGCCGCGAAGAGGUGCAGCCGCCACGCUUAUCCUCAACCAGAAUGGGCUCCAGGGGGAAGAAGCGCAGCCGCGAGGAGGUGCAGCCGCCACGCUUAUCCUCAACCAGAAUGCGGGCCAGGGGGAAGAGGCGCAGCCGCGAAGAGGUGCAGCCGCCACGCUUAUCCUCAACCAGAAUGGGGGCCAGGGGGAAGAGGCGCAGCCGCGAAGAGGUGCAGCUUCCACGCUUAUCCUCAACCAGAAUGGGGGGGGUACAGCCGCCACGCUUAUCCUCAACCGGUGCAGCCGCCACGCUAUCCUCAACCAGAAUGGGGGCCAGGGGGAAGAGGCGCGAAGAAGUGCAGCCGCCACGCUUAUCCUCAACCAGAACGGAAGCCAGGAGGAAGAGGCGCAGCCGCGAAGAGGUGCAGCCACCACGCUUAUCCUCAACCAGAAUGGGGGCGAAGAUGCAGCCGCCACGCUUAUCCUCAACCAGAAUGGGGGCGAAGAGGUGCAGCCGCCACGCUUAUCCUCAACCGGUGCAGCCGCCACGCUUAUCCUCAACCAGAACGCCACGCUUAUCCUCAACCAAAAUGGGGGCCAGGGGGAAGAGGCGCAGCCGCAAUGGGGGCCAGGGGGAAGAGGCGCAGCCGCGACGCUUAUACUCAACCAGAAGAGGGGCCAGCGGGUACAGCCGCCACGCUUAUCCGGUGCCAGGCGAAGAGGUGCAGCCGCCACGCUUAUCCUCAACCAUAAUGGGGGCCAGGGGGAAGAGGCGCAGCCACCACGCUUAUCCGGUGCCAGGCGAAGAGGUGCAGCCGCCACGCUUAUCCUCAACCAUAAUGGGGGCCAGGGGGAAGAGGCGAAGAGGUGCAGCCGCCACGCUUAUCCUCAACUAGAAUGGGGCCAGGGGGAAGAGGUGUGUACCCUCAACUUGAAGAAGACGGAAGCGGGGACGACGGAGGCCGGGCGUAUCCUCAACCAAUAUGGAGUCCCCGGUCGUGGUCCCAGAAAGAUGGAAGCCGCCGCUGACAAGACGGAGGCCGGGAAGCAGUAUGGGGUCUCAGGUGCCUGGACCCAAGCGGGUGGUCUCGCUGUCAUGAGGACGGAGGGCGGGGACGAGGCCGCAGCACUUAUCCUCAACCAAGACGGGGCUUCAGGCGGGGACGAGGCCGGAGCGCUUAUCCUCAACCAAGAUGGGGUUUCGGGUGCGUGGUCUCAAGCCGAAGAAGGCGAAGGCGGGGACGAGGCCGGCGAAGAGGUGCAGCCGCCACGCUUAUCCUCAACCGGUGCAGCCGCCACGCUUAUCCUCAACCAGAACGCCACGCUUAUCCUCAACCAAAAUGGGGGCCAGGGGGAAGAGGCGCAGCCGCAAUGGGGGCCAGGGGGAAGAGGCGCAGCCGCCACGCUUAUACUCAACCAGAAGAGGGGCCAGCGGGUACAGCCGCCACGCUUAUCCGGUGCCAGGCGAAGAGGUGCAGCCGCCACGCUUAUCCUCAACCAUAAUGGGGGCCAGGGGGAAGAGGCGCAGCCACCACGCUUAUCCUUAACCAGAAUGGGGGCCAGGGAGAAGAGGCGGCGAAGAGGUGCAGCCGCCACGCUUAUCCUCAACCAUAAUGGGGGCCAGGGGGAAGAGGUGUGUACCCUCAACUUGAAGAAGACGGAAGCGGGGACGACGGAGGCCGGCCGUAUCCUCAACCAAUAUGGAGUCCCGGGUCGUGGUCCCAGAAAGAUGGAAGCCGCCGCUGACAAGACGGAGGCCGGGAAGCAGUAUGGGGUCUCAGGUGCCUGGACCCAAGCGGGUGGUCUCGCUGUCAUGAGGACGGAGGGCGGGAACAAGACGGAGGUGCCUGGUCCCGGCCGUGUGGUCUGGCUCUCAUGCGGGGACGAGGCCGGAGCGCUUAUCCUCAACCAAGAUGGGGUUUCGGGUGCGUGGUCUCAAGCCGAAGAAGGCGAAGGCGGGGACGAGGCCGGAGCGCUUAUCCUCAACCAAUAUGGGGUCCCAGGUGCGUGGUCUUCGCUCGAAAAGAAUGAAAGCGGGGACCAGGCGUGUGGUCUCGCUCUCAUAAAGACGGAGGCCGCUGACAAGACGGAGGCCGGGAAGCAGUAUGGGGUCUCAGGUGCCUGGACCCAAGCGAGUGGUCUCGCUGUCAUGAGGACGGAGGGCGGGAACAAGACGGAGGUGCCUGGUCCCGGCCGUGUGGUCUGGCUCUCAUGCGGGGACGAGGCCGGAGCGCUUAUCCUCAACCAAGAUGGGGUUUCGGGUGCGUGGUCUCAAGCCGAAGAAGGCGAAGGCGGGGACGAGGUGCGUGGUCUCCACUCCAAGAAGACCGGCUUAUCCUCACCAGGUGCAUUAUCCUCGACCGAUAUGGGGUCCCUGGUGCGUGGUGUCAACCCGAACCAGACGAAGGAACAGGGACGAGUUCCCGCUGCGCCUAUCUUCAACCUGAGACAUUUUGAGCCGGACCUAAUUCGGCAGAUGAUUGCCCGCUUCAUGGACGAGAUUCGCAAAGUUCCCGUUCGUUUCGGCAUACAACAACCACUCGAGUCGGCAGAGCUAUCAGCGGACAUCACGCACGCCAUCGGACAGCUCUCGCGGCACAUGCACCUCGAUGAAACGGACUCACAGUGGCUCAUGUAUCUGGCAUCGCACCUCGAGCCUGAACUUGGAGCAACGCUCGUCCCUGCGCUAUGGAGACUCAAGGAGGAUGUCAUGACGUUGACGGAACGCGCCAGCGUGGAAGAAACGGCCACGCUCCUCCAGUCCCCAAUAUCUCGGUCCACGAACAGAGAAGAAGAUUACUUAAGAGCCACGAACGCCAUCGUCGGAGACCGGCGCGCGGUCCCAGACUGCAACGGCUGGUUCAACGAUCUAAUUCCAACCGAGCUGCAACGCAGAAAAGCAGGAGCUGAUGCGAACCGGAUUGCGCGCCACGGGGAACGGCUGACACUCUGUCUCUUCAUUGCGGUCAGCGACGACCAGCUCCAGGGCCGCACAACAGCAUCGCAAGCGAGAGCAUCGCCCUACUGUAUCUUUACGACCCACUACGGCACGAGCACCAAUGCCCAUGGAGGUUGGGAUGUCAAACGCGUCGGCUCCUUCACCAAGAUCACGCCACGAUUCAACAUCCUGGGUGAGUACGGCACUUACAUCGGCACGCACCCAAAGAAGGGAACACUCAGUGCGCGCAGCAUCCCGACACCUCGAGCCAAGGAGAUCCCGUUGCCGACUGUCGUGGACCAGGAUGAGGUGGCGGAAGCCACCGUUCCCGACACGUGCCCAAGAGACACACCAUCGGGCCUGGCCGACGACGGGCGCGAGGUCCAGGUACGAGAAGAAGGAGAAAGGACCCGCGACGUGCCAGGCAACGGCGCUAUGUGCUCUCGACGCGAAGGUCCUGUGCCUGAGGAGGGAGACAGAAUCAUGGUCAUGAAGGAGGCUUGGUUGCAGCUCGUCAUGAACCGUUUAAAGACUCUGGAGAUCCGCGGUGCACCGGCUGCGUUGGGGAGAACUUGGCUGGGCUGCAAUGGCCAAAUCCACGGAGCAGCCAACAUCGUCAACUGCAGCAUCAUCACGGAGACAGACUUCCAAGCCACAAGAGCGCAGCACAGGCACUUGGGUGAAAUGCCCAAUUACAAGAAAACGUACGCCCUGGCUCUGGAAGAUGUGACGCAGCUCGAGCCAAGCAUCGACUACUAUCGGCUGCCAGCCACAUCACCGUGGGCGGUGUUUCGCACCGGACCAACUGGCAAAGCGCGUCGGUCGGGGGCGCAGAAAAGAACUUUGGAGCAAGCGCAUGACACGAAGCCAUGCGAAGACAUGCCGACGGAGCUCCGAGCCGAAGCCAGCCCGUUGCCGCUGACAUCCGGUAUGGCGGACCAAGAAGAGCCUUCGCUCGGGGCAGGAGACCGGACGGACGAGCAUGACGACAGGAACAAGGAGUGA